AUGAUACUGGUUUCUGAAUGCAAUUGGCCUUCCAGGCAGGCCCCGAGUCUUCACAACCUAUUUGCUGUGUGUAAGAAUAUGUACAACUGGCUCAAGCAAAACCCCAAGAAUGUGUGUGUGAUCACCUGUUCGGAUGGCAGAGCUCCUUCAGGCGUGCUGGUCUGUGCCAUGUUCUGUUUCUGCCAACUUUUCGCCAACCCGGUGCCAGCCAUGCAGCUUCUCAGCGCCAAGAGGCCUGGAUCUGGCCUGUGGCCCUCCCAUAGGAGGUACAUAGGUUAUGUAUGCAGUUUAGUCUCAGAGAAGCCAACCAUACCACACUCCAAACCCCUAGUCAUUAAAUCUGUCACUAUGAGUCCUGUUCCUUGCUUCAACAAACAGCGCAGUGGCUGUCGGCCAUUUUGUGACGUACUUAUUGGCGAGACCAAGAUAUUUUCUACAGCUCAGGAGUACGAGAGAAUGAGGGAACACAGGGUUCAAGAGGGCAAAGUGCUGUUUCCUGUGAGUGUGAGUGCCCAAGGAGAUGUGGUGAUUUCAGUCUAUCACAUGCGUUCCCAUGCACUGCAGGCCAAGGUAACUAACACCCAGAUAUUCCAGAUUCAAUUCCAUACUGGUUUCAUCGCCCCUGGCACCACAGUCUUAAAGUUUAUCAAGACAGAGCUGGAUGCCUGUGAUUCUCCAGAGAAAUACCCACAGCUGUUUCAUGUGCUGUUAGACAUUGAGGUUGAAAGUACGGAGAAACAGAAAGAUCUCACGCCACCGUGGGAGCAGUUCCCCAACAAAGAUCUGAGCCCCAGCGUGCUUUUCUCCUGUCAUCAGGAACACCAAGAUUCACUUGCUACUGCAGAUGAAAUGGAGGGCUUGGACUUGGAAGAUCCUGCCCAGGGACAUGGGAGUUGCGGAGGCAGAGUGGGCCCAAAUGAGGAGAGUGAACCAUCAGAUGAUGAAAUGCUCUCCCUUUCUAGUCAGCAGAGCAACACGAGCAAUGAGAAAUCAAAAGCAGCUAAGAAACCAGAGCCCCAGCCUGCAGCGGCCCCUCCUCCAGCAGCUGAGGAAGUAGAUCUGCUGGGUCUGGAUGGUGAUGCCUCUACGCUUCCUCCAUCCUCCCCACAACCUCCGACCACCAGCACCACCACAGACCUGCUGGGGGACCUGUUUGGAGCUCCUCCCACACCACAGCCGGCCAGUGGCCCCGCCUCUGCUCAGUCCACCCCGCGGAGAUCCGCAGCCUCCUCCUCACCCUGUCCAUCACCUCGAUCUGGAGACAGUCGCAGUUCACCUGUGCCGCCCACUACUCCCACUGUCAACAUCCAGCAGCAGAGCUCUACAGGAGCCUGGGAAUGGAACAAACCAGCACCUGCAGGUGCAGGUUUUGGGAUGGGAAGUAAGUCUGCCAGCACUAGCCCAACCAGCUCAGUUCAUGGUACUCCCACCCACCAGGCCAAACCCAACACUUUGGACCCGUUUGCUGAUCUGGGUAACCUAGGAGCCGGUCUGGGAGGAGCUGGUUCGGGAUUCUCCAGCAAGCCCACCACACCUACUGGUACCGGAGGAGCGUUUCCACCCAUGGGCUCCCCCCAGCGUCCUGCUCCCUCUCCCCAGCACACUGCCUCUGGAGGCUGGCAUCCCAGCACAGGUUUCCCCUCAUGGCAGCCUGGAGGUGGGGCUCAGUGGCAGCCGCAGGCCCAGGGUGCACAGCUCCAGACCCCACCUAAAGCACCUGGACCCUCUAUGCCUCACACUUCACCACAGAACAGACCCAACUACAAUGUCAGAUUCUCCAGCAUGGGUGGAGCUUCGCCAGGAGCCACUGGGGCAAAAGCACAGCCUAACAUGGGGACCAGACCAAAGGUUUCAGACACUAACUUUGAUGACCUACUCUCAGGCCAGGGUUUUGCUGGCACUAAGGAGAAGAAGGGGCCAAAAACCAUAGCAGAAAUGAGAAAAGAGGAGAUGGCAAAAGAAAUGGACCCAGAGAAACUCAAGAUCCUGGACUGGAUUGAGGGGAAGGAGAGGAACAUCAGAGCGUUGCUGUCCACCAUGCACACAGUGCUGUGGGAGGGAGAGACACGCUGGAAACCUGUAGGCAUGGCUGACCUUGUCACACCAGAGCAGGUGAAGAAGGUCUACCGCAAAGCUGUGCUGGUAGUGCACCCUGACAAGGCUACUGGACAGCCCUACGAACAAUAUGCCAAGAUGAUUUUUAUGGAACUAAAUGAUGCGUGGUCAGAAUUUGAAAGCCAAGGACAGAAAGCACUGUACUAAGACUUACUGUAAAUGAUCACAACCAGUCAGCAGUUCCUGCCCCGAUUAGACACCCUGCAACCCACCAGUCUUUGAAACGCUCCUUUGUUAAUCUCUCCCACCUCCAGGACCCUGCUUCAUAGAGAUGUCAGAGCUUACAUCUACAGUAUAGUUGUGUGUAUCUCUUUAUCGAUCCAUGUAUCAGGUCCCAUCAUGCCCUAGGCCAACUUAACUUCUGUAUGAGAAGACUGCUGUUGGAAAAAGUAGCAUUCAGCUUUGUUUUAAAAACUCUUAUUUGUGUCUUUCCCAGGACUCACUUACAUAACAAAGAUCAGACUUUGUCGUUAAACAGCUGUGAAAUAUUUCUGUGAACAUUAUCAGUCAACCAGACCAUCAUAGAAUGUCUGGUAGAAUUUAUUCAGAAGCUUUCGGGUGAGUUUUGAUUUAUUAAAGAGGUUUAGUGCUAAGGAAGAACAUCUUUAAGAAA